UAUGUUGAAAACCCCAACGAUUGUGAGGUUUAAGGUAAGCAAUGAUACACUAGCACAAGGAGAGACUCUGUAUUUGGUCUGUGAAGCUUCAGGAAAACCUGCUCCAAAUAUCAUUGUCACUCUCCCAUCUGGACUGAUUGCAAGCGCUGAGUCAGGUGUGAGAGUGACUGUGGGAGUGAAUGGUACCAUCACCGUAACUAAUGUUACUGCAGCAGAUGCUGGUCUGUACAUCUGCAUUGCAACAAAUACUGUCGGCUCUGCGUCUCGUACAGUGUUUAUUGGUGCUGCGUCUGUUUCGCCCCCUUUCAGUGCUUCGCCUCUAGUACCAGCAUCAUCUCCCUCAGGCAAUUCAGAAGGCAAGUCAACAAUUUUUCCUCUGGAAUUUGCGGUUGGUUUUGGUACAGCUGGUGCAGUAUUGCUGGUUUUUGGUCUUGGCCUUAAAUUGCGGUUGAAGGGUCCCCGGGGAAAGAAAAAGGCCCCGAUAGCUCUGAAUAAUGAUUCCCUCGUUACAGACGACAUGGUGAACAAUUCCACCUAUAGAACAAGAGGUCAGGGUAGAUCUUUAAACCCAGAGAUAACCAACAGUGCUGCAAGUGCAAACGAACAGGCCGGCAUGCCUGAGAACGCAUAUGAGGACCCCGAAUCUCUCCUAGCCAUUGCUGGUUCUCUUAGAAGUGAUGUAGUUUCAAAGGAAGAAUCUGUGUCGGCCCAGAAGCCAAUGAAAGUCCAUGAGCUAGUAAAUAUCGUGUAUGGGAAAGAUGGGUCUGGUAGUGAGGAUAUAAAGCCCGUUUCUAUGCCUAAAAAAGAAGCAGAAGCUGCUACUUCUCAUGCUAGCUAUGAGAACACCCACGUGCAGGAAACAGUACAUGAUGCCUCUCAUGUCACUAAUGAGAAUGUCGAUGAGGAUGAAGCAGUACUUUAUGCCUCUGCUCAGGUUAUUUAUGGCCAUGAAGAUGAUAAAGCACAGUCUGCUGCAUCUCAACCCAUCUACAAGACUGAUAGAGACAAAACAGAGUCUCCGGUUAGCAUUCACGGAAAUGAUGUCCAGAAAGCAGAAUCCUCUUCACCUCACGCUAUUUACAACAAUGAGAGUGAGAAACCAGAGUCUCCGGCUUCUCAAAUCAUUUACGGAAAUGACAACCAGAAAGCAGAAUCAUUUGCAUCUGACUCUAUUUACAAGAAUGAUGAUGAGAAACCAGAGUCUCGGGCUUCUCGUGAUAUCUAUGAGGCUGGUGAUGAGAAAACAGCAACUACUGGUAGUACUGCUUCUUGUUUGAUCUAUGAGAAUAAUGAUGAAGACUAAAUGUGCAUGUAUGUACGUGUAUGUGUGUCAGAAGGUGUGUUUGUGUGUGUGUGUAUGUGUGUGUGUG